AUGGCGCUACCGGAUCUUUCCCAGAGAGCAGAAGAUAUCAAAACGAUACAGAACUGUGUUUCUAUUGGAGAAAAGCCUUAUUGCUACGAUUCGAAGGACGACCCCCGUUCUGCGUUAGUCACACCCCCUCAGGCACACCCCAGUUAUUACGGCGAACGCAGUCCGGCGUCAGGCUACAGCGACGGGGGUAGACCGUCUUCACAGCCGCAGCACAAAGAAUCAGGAGGCGGCAAAGCGAAAAAGCCGAGGCGGCGACGGACAGCCUUCACGCAAGCACAGUUAGCUUUUCUAGAAAGGAAGUUUCGCUGUCAAAAAUAUUUGUCAGUUGCUGAUAGAGGAAGCGUAGCGGAAGCUCUUAGUUUAACAGAAACACAAGUCAAAACUUGGUAUCAGAAUCGAAGGACAAAAUGGAAGAGACAGAACAGUCAAAGGCUGGAACACUUACGACAGCAAUCACAAGGGGUGGCCAAAGAUGUGCCUGGGGCAGGACCUCUUGGACCAACUCCACAUCCACUUGAUGGUCCUCUUGUCUCGGCCACGUACUACGGCGCAUGCGUAGUGCCCACGUCCAGCACGACAUGUCUCCUUCCUCCGGGCAUUUUAAGGAACGUGUACGUGCCAGGAUUCCAAAUGUAAACUGUUGAAGUGGAGAACUAUUGGACUUAAUGGA